UGAAAACCUAUCAAAAGUCGCUGUUUGGUUGUAUUCAAAUUCAUCUUAAUUCAAUUUUAUAAAAGGUCUACACAUAUUGCAUGAAGAGGGUUCUGAUGUGUCCAAAGUAAAGAAUCGGUAUGCCAUCUCACCAAGGAAAGGGAAUUUACGAGACAGAUUUAGUUGGAGAGACACCUUCAACUGGAGACUACAGCAAUGAACACAUCUUCAAUGAUCUCAACAAGACUAAUGGAGACAAUAUACCAUCACUAAGUAUACCUUCUCACCAAGGAAAGGAAAUUUACGAGAUACCCUCAGUUAGAGAGACACCCUCAACUGGAGACUAUAGCAAUGUACACAUCUAUACUGGUCUCACAAAGACUAAUGGAAACAAGAAACAACCAGAAUCACCAGACACUGAAAACAUCUAUGCUGAGAUACAUCCUGUUCCUAAAUCUAGAGGACAUGCUAAGAUUAUAGCAGUGGUAGUAGUGGCUCUGGUUAUCGUUAUAGCAGGUGCAAUGGUCGGAAUAUAUUUUGCAGGAUUUUUAACAGCAAAUUCAACUAAGGAGAACACCACUAGUACUCCUGAGGCAAAGACCGCCAUGGCAAACACUACUACUCCCAUGGAAAGAUUUGAAACAACAGAAAUCAAUGUUGCAAAAAAUCCAUUGACAACUACUACAACAACUGUUAUGGCAACCACUGCUAUACAUCUCAACAAGAAAAACUCCAAUGGCAACCACUACAAUUCCCUUGGAAACAACAAAAACUGGUGAAACAAAAACUAUUAAUACUCUUCCCACGACAACAAGUGUUAAAACAACAAAAACAGGAACAACUCCAGUGACAACCAGUACUCUUCCCAUGGCAAUCACUACUCUUACUGUCGAAACAACAGAAACUGUUGAAACAACAAAAACAACCUCAAUGGCAACCAGUACUCUUCCCAUGCCAACCACUACUCUUCCCACGACAACAACUAUAAAUUCAUCGUUUAUAUUCUUGUUGACCCCCAACUAUACAGUGUGUACAAUUGUAUUUGACUGUAUUACUGAAUCAUCCCUCUUUCCAUUGAUAUGGUUUCCACAAGCUCCAACUGUAUAUUGGGCAUGGUAUAUCAAAGUCAGAGUAGAGGUGUGGAGUGAGGGCUCAAAUGGUGGAACACUCUUCCCAGAUGAAUCAAGGGUAAUUGUAACAAGCUAUGGAGGAACACAUCCUGAAAUAGUAGGUAAGUUGUUUGGUAGCAGAGAGGAUGUCACAAGAGACAGGGCAGUUUGCUUGGAGUACAAGGGAAGUGGGGAU